UCAUAAUUUGCUGCCUGGUCGGCGUUCAAGUCGAAGUAGACUUUCUGGGCUUUCCCGGAGAGAUAGGGUGCCAAAAGGCUGGCCCACUUGGGCUCGGGCCAUCCUUCCCUCUGCGCCGUCCUCUCGAAGGUGCACAAAUACAUCUCCACAUCAUCUUCCUCCAUUAACUUAACCAGGAACUGAUUCGGGCUAGACUCCUAAGCCAUCCCAUCCUUCAUCUGGGCUACAUCUGCUACCAGUCUGAGGUUUUGUUGGUGCUGUUCCUCCAGUGCUCGCUCCUGGAGAGCCUGUUGCUUCUGCUGGCUGAGGAUAAACUGAGCCACCAGUUCCUCCAUGGUAAUCUCUGUACUCUCGACCGCACGGCACCCAAAGCUACUGAGAUGCCCGCAUUCUCCACCAUAUGUGGUAAACCGUGGGGUGUUGGGUUGAGCGCGCAAAGAUUAAUACAGAGACAGGGAGGUUCUAGUCAGAAAACACGACUUGACAACAAAAUAAACAUAACAACAAAAUAACGUAGGUUUGGCUCGGUCGUUCUUCUCAGGGUCUGCUCCGUGUCUGUCUCUCUGUUUUUCCUCGUGGUGUGCCACGGUGCUCCCUUUAUGUGGCCUGCACACUCCCCUAAUUACCUCUACUUGGAGCCAUCAGCGUCGGGGUGCCCAGCCCGUGUACUCCCAGCAGAGGGAGCCAGCGUCGCGGCACGUACCUCCCCUCUAUCACCAAGAGGGUGACCUCCCGGGAUACCACAAUGUAUAUGUGUAGCUAAACAGGUGGGGCUCUGCCACAACAAUACAAAGAGAAUGGCCGUCCUUAACUAGGCUAUACAGAACGAGUGCCUUGCUGUGACAGUGAUUGGUGAAAAGUAAAACAGAGAGGAGGGUAGCACUGCCUGUAAAAUGAGUCUCUCUGGGGAGAAAGAGGAGGGGGGCACUGCCUCUAAAAUGAGUCUCUGUGGAGAACUUGACUCCACCAAUGUAACAGAAAGCCCAAUCCAGAAGGAGAGACCAGUCUCACCUGUACCCAGCUGCCUGUCCAUGAAGAGUGACAAGUCAAUGGGGCAUCCAAUAGAGUUCCAGAGGAGAGAUGUUUCUACUGAUCACAAGAACCAGAUGGAGAGACCAGACUCCUCUACACCCAGCUGUGUGUCCAUGCAGAGUGUCAAGUCUAUCGGGCAUCCAAUAGAGUUCAGAGACAUCACCAUAAGACAACGAGACAAAAAGAAGAGAUCAGAGUCAGAAGUUCCCACUGGCCAGUCUGCCCAGAGUCAUCAAACAGACCUGUCUUCCAUAUUCAGGUUGGUUGAAAAAAAUGCCAUUGCUUUGGUAAAACGGGAGCUGAAGAAGUUCAAGAAGAUUCUGUGUCCAGAUCUCCCAGAAUGCUUUGAGAGUCAGAUGGAGGAUAAGGAAUUGGUGGACGCUGAAGAUGUGGAGCAGGAGAGCAUUCCCAGAGAGGGGGCGCUGAAGAUCACAUUGCACAUUCUGAGGAAAAUGAACCAGAAGGAGCUUGCUGACACACUGGAGAACAGUCUUCUAGGUGAGCUUGCUGUGUGUAAAAAUAAACUCAAAUCCAAUCUGAAGAGGAAAUGUGAAUGUGUGUUUGAGGGGAUAGCUAAACAAGGAAACCCAACACUUCUCAAUAAGAUCUACACAGAGCUCUACAUCACAGAGGGUGGAAGUGGAGAGGUCAAUAAAGAACACGAGGUGAGACAGAUUGAGACAACAUCCAAGAGACCAGCAGCACAAGAAAAAGCAAUCAAAUGCAACGACAUCUUUGAAUCCUUACCUGGACAAGACAAACAUAUCAGAACUGUGUUGACGAAGGGAGUCGCUGGCAUCGGGAAAACGAUCUCUGUGCAGAAGUUCAUUCUGGACUGGGCUGAAGGAAGAGCAAAUCACAAUAUCCAAUUAAUCUUUCCUCUACCUUUUCGGGAGCUGAAUUUGAUGAAAGAUAAGAAAUACAGCUUGAUGGAACUUCUUCAUCACUUUUUCAAUGAAACCGCAGAAUCUGAAAUCUCUAACUUUGACAAAUGCAAGGUUCUGUUUGCCUUUGAUGGUCUGGAUGAGUGUCGACUUCCUCUAGACUUCAACAACAACGAGGGCUGUUGUGAUGUCACAGAAUCAACCUCAGUGGACGUGCUGCUGACAAACCUAAUCAAGGGCAAUCUGCUUCCCUCUGCUCUCCUCUGGAUAACCUCCAGACCUGCAGCUGCCAAUCAGAUCCCACCUGAGUAUGUUGACCAGGUGACAGAGGUACGAGGGUUCAAUGACCUACAGAAGGAGGAGUACUUCAAGAAGAGAUUCAGUGAUGAGAACCUGGCCAGCAGAAUCAUCACACACAUGAAGACAUCAAGGAGCCUCUACAUCAUGUGCCACAUACCAGUCUUCAGUUGGAUCUCUGCCACAGUUCUAGAGAAGCUGGGGGAAGCACAGAGUGGAGAGAUGCCCAAGACUCUGACUGAAAUGUACAACCACUUCCUGAUCUGCAACAUACUGCGCAAAACACAGAAAUAUCCAGAGGGACCAGAGAAAGCUGAGACAGAUUCACAGAUGAAAGCAGAUGCAGAGAUGAUUCUAAAACUGGGGAAACUAGCCUUUCAACAGCUGGAGAAAGGCAAUCUGAUCUUCUAUGAGGAAGACCUGAGAGAGUGUAGCAUCGAUGUCACAGAAGCUUCAGUGUACUCGGGAGUGUGCACACAGAUCUUCAGAGAGGAGAGUGGGCUGUACCAGGAGAAGGUGUACUGCUUUGUGCAUCUGAGCAUCCAGGAGUUUCUUGCUGCUGUGUAUGUGUUUGUCACAUUCAACAAUGACAAUGUAAAUCUAAUGGCAGAACCUGAAACCACUACCAGAAUACUUCAGAUGUCUGAAGACACGUCUGCAACCAUCCUCCACAAGAGUGCUGUUGACAAGGCCUUACAGAGUGGGAAUGGACACCUGGACCUGUUCCUCCGGUUCCUUCUCGGCCUCUCAAUGGAGUCCAAUCACACUCACUUACUAGACCUAUUGAUACAGACAAGAAACCGCUCACAGACCAAUGAGGAAACAGUCAAGUACAUCAAGGAGAAGAUCAGGCAAAAUCCCUCUCCAGAGAGGUGCAUCAAUCUGUUCCACUGUCUGAACGAACUGAAUGACCAUUCUCUAGUGGAAGAGAUCCAAAGCUACCUGAGCUCAGGAAGUCUCUCAGAAGCUGAACUCUCACCUGCACAGUGGUCAGCUCUGGUUUUUGUGUUACUGACUUCAGAAGAGGAGCUGGAGGUGUUUGACCUGAAGAAAUACUCAAAAUCAGAGGAAGGUCUUCUUAGGCUGCUGCCAGUUGUCAAAGCCUCCAGUACAGCUCUGCUGAAUGGAUGCAACCUUACAGAGCGAUGCUGUGAACCAUUAGCCUCACUUCUCAGCUCAACCUCUUCACAGCUGAGAGUGCUUGACUUGACUGACAACAACCUGAAAGAUUCUGGAGUGAAGCUGCUCUCUGCUGGACUGGAGAGUCCACACUGUAAACUAGAGAAACUGAGGUUGUCAUUCUGUGUGGUCACAGAGGAAGGUUGUGCGUCAUUGGCUUCAGCUUUGAGAACAAACCCCUCCCAUCUGAAAGAGCUGGACCUGAGCUACAAUCACCCAGGCGAUUUCGGAGUGAAACUGCUCACUGCUGUAAGAGGGGAUCCAAACUGCAGACUGAAGAAACUCAGUGUGGACCAUAAUGAAGAGUGUUAUUUGAAAUCAGCACUCAAGAAAUAUGCCUGUGAGUUGACCCUGGACCCCAACACAGCACACAAUGACAUGACUCUAUCUGAGAAUAACAGGAAAGUGACACGGCUUGAAGACGAGCAGUCGUAUCCUGAUCACCCAGAAAGGUUUCUGUUCUGGAAACAAGUGCUGUGCAGAGAGCGUCUGACUGGGCGCUGUUACUGGGAGAUGGAGUGGAGAGGCCUAGAGGCUCACAUAGGAGUGGCUUACCAUGGACUUGACAGGCAAGGACGGGGUGAUGAGUGUGGGCUUGGAUACAAUGACAAUUCCUGGGCUCUCAGUUGUUAUAAAAACUACUUCACUACCAGGCAUGAUAAGACUCCCACUACCAUUCCUAUCCCUCCUUCCAGCACCAACAGAGUAGGAGUGUAUCUGGACUGGUCGGCCGGCACUCUGUCCUUCUAUAGUGUCUCCUCUGACACACUGACCCACCUGCACACAUUCCACACCACAUUCAUUGAGCCACUCUACCUAGGAAUUCGGCUUUGGUGUCAUGAUUCCGCAGUGUCCCUGUGCCAGAUAGAAUAGCCCGUUCCUACAAUUCAUCUGAGUCCUGUCCCUGCCCAUCUUUAGAGUCCCUGCCCAGUAAGCCCCCAGCACACCUUAGCUACCUUAAGCACAAACUGUAAGUCGCUCUGGAUCUGCUAAAUGACUAAAAUGGACAUUUACAAUUCGCUGAGCCCCUCUAUGCAGGGUUUAGGUCUGGCAUCAUGGCUCUGUGUCUGUGCCAUGUAGAAUAACCUCCUGUUCUUACAAGUCAGAGUAACAGCCACAUCUUUAGGGCAAUCCACUUGAAAGUUAUACAUGUAUCUAUUUAUUAUUCUUUCUCAUGUUCAGCAUCAAUACUCUGUAAAUGUUUAUAUUUUAAUGUAGGUAGUCUACAUACUGUGUGUGUUAUUUAUUGAAGCAUGUCAUCUGUACUAAGUAAUUUGAUGUAUGUCGGGAAUAGCAACUUGUAAAAUAAAUACUGUAUUUAUGAACUUAUCUUACAUUGUCCUUAAAUAUAAUUUGUUUUACAGGCAAUAAAGUGUGUAUUGUUUCAUUCUAUGUCCUGUCUUUGUCAUGUAAAGUCCUGUUCUCAUGUACAGUAUAUUCUGCUGUAAAUAAAACUAGCUUUUCAGGA